UCGCCUUGUUGUGUGUAUUCCCGUGCUCGCAUCGCCAUCUUGUUGCAAUCCUAUUUUUUACGUAUGUGAGGAUCUACUUUCCGUUCGGCCGAAUUAAAAAUUGCCCGUCUGCUUCCAGGAACAACACAGCGGACGAACCGCUCAGGCGUGCGGGGUAAACCGUGCACACACGGCACUUCCUACUGGGACUCUACCUACCCGUCGCUGUUUUUCCUCCUUCUGUCCCGGGCCACCGGGUCCCCUGCCGUGAGGUUUUACGCGCAAUGAGCAUCGACACACUUUUGGAGGCGGCCAGAUACCUAGAAUGGCAAGCCCAGCAACAACAGAUCACACGUGAGGAGGAGCAACGCAAAGAGAAGGAGCUCAUCAAAAGGGAGACGGAGUCGAAGUGUGUGGAGCUCAUAACCUCAGCAUCAUCCCAACCAAUCAGAGCCAGCCACAUCACCUGGGGCGAUGACACUCAACGUCAACCACCACACCAUUCUCCCACCGUUCCGCCCCCAUCUUUGCCGCCUCCACAAGUCCCCAUCGCUGUCAUCCCAAUGGUGCCGGUCGUCACCGCCACGCCCUCAGUUCCGCCCCACCCUCUACCAACACCAAUCGCCGCUGCAGCUACGCCGAUUAACAGCUCCUCAACAGUCAAGAACUCUUCCUCCCCUCCUCAGCAGCAGCCGCCAGCCUCGCGUCACCUGUUGUGCACCCCCCAGGUGAAGGUGGAGCCCACUCCGCAGCUGGUUACUACAAAGCCCAGCCAGCCACAGCCUCAGGUUCAAAUUCCAUACCCGGCCUCCAUCAGCACUAACGGCCCCGGCUCACAGCAUGCACUGGUUCCUCAUCAAGCUCCGCCUUCAUCUCAGCCACGACCCAAUGGGGUGACGAUGGAGGACAUGAGGGGGAUGGAGGGGAAGAGGAGACCAGGAGGAGCGGGGACCAGAGAAGUGCACAACAAGCUGGAGAAAAACAGGCGAGCGCAUCUCAAGGAGUGUUUUGAGACCCUGAAGAAGAAUGUGCCCAACGUUGACGAGAAAAAAACCUCCAAUCUCAGUGUUCUUCGUAGCGCUUUACGUUACAUUCAGACACUAAAGCGCAAAGAGAAGGAGUUUGAGCAUGAGAUGGAGCGUUUGGCCAGAGAAAAGAUUGCCACACAGCAGCGACUGGCUGAGCUGAAGAAUGAGCUCAGCCAGUGUAUGGAUGUCAUGGAGAUCGACAGAGUCCUCCGUCAGACCAUCCAGCCGGAGGAUGACCAGGCUUCCACAUCCACCGCCUCAGAAGGAGAAGAAAACUUUGAGCAAGACAUGGACGAGGAUAUCUCAGUUCCUCCCGCUGCCACGCCUCUCCCCAAACCAGCGCCUCCCAUCAUACAGGCUCAGCCGCUCCUCACGCCUCAUCUUUCCAUCCAACACACUGCCCUGCCUCUGUCUGGAGUCCUGACCACACCGUCUGCCUCUGCCCCGCCUCCUCCUCAGGCCAUCGCACCCGCCCCUGCUCCUGGUCCGCCUGUCGCUCCACCGCCCCACCCCAUUCAGACGCCGGCUGUGCAGGUCCAGCCCACUGUUAUCGCUCACGCUGCCGUCUCCCACGCAUCAGUCAUUCAAGCCGUUAAUCAUGCCCUGCCAACCAAUCAGAAACAUCUAACACACAUCGCUCCCUCGCCUGGUCCAGCCUCCACCGCCCCUCAGCCAAUCGCAGCGGCCCCAGCUGCUGCCACUCACCAGCCAAUCACCGCCCAGCCCAUCGGACACAUCACUGUCCACCCCGUGGCUCACCUGGGAGCUCCACUCCAGUCCCACCUUCCUACUCUCUACCCCCAGGGUGUGUCUGUGUCUCAGCCCACCAUGGUGGGCCACAUCACCCACACCUUCACCCAUCACACCCUGCCGCAUGUCCAGGCUAAUCCUCAGUCUAACACUACCCAGGUGAACAGCGCAGCUGUUGUUACCCAGGGCAGCCCAUCACUAGGGAAACCUACAGCCGUGCUGGCCCCGCACCCACAGCUGGUUGGGCAGGCUGCCGUCCUCAACCCUGUCACCAUGGUGACAGUCCCAACCUUCCCUGUCAGCACUCUCAAACUGGCCUGAAAGAACAAAAAAAAAAAAAAAAUAUAGACUUGUGGAAGGAAGGAAAACUUUUUCACCAGUCUUCACACUCCGCAGUAAUCGACAGCAGAGCAUCUCUGACAGAUAAGUGGGAGACUACGAUCUACAGACACACAGCAGGUUUUGGACAGCCUAUAAUGAAUGAAUAUCUCCAGGGAUUUGUGGGUCACUCUUCUGUUAGUUUAACUCUUUCUGAACAAUGACAGUGAAGUUGAGUUAGUAAGUCAGGCCAUUGUUUGUGAAUAUACGAUGUUUGUCCCGACUGCAAAGACUUUGUUUUUUCCUUCCUGACUUUCGUUCCUUUCUCCUUCCUCUACAACCAGAAGCACUAACAUAAUAAGCUCAGUUCGCACUCAGGCAUCAAGGACUUACCUUAAUGAUUCAUUCACUCGCUGAGGGUAAAAAUGCAUGAGAGAGUUGUCUCUGAUUAGGCUGUUGCCAUGGAGAUACAGUAUGUGCCAGUUUUGUGUUCAUAUAAUCUCGAUGUUAUGUGGGACAUUUUGCUAUAGAUGAAAUAAUGUCACUAAUGUGUUGGGAGAGCAGCAGAAUGGUGCUCAGUGGUAUCCAAAUUAUUCCACAUGGAGGCUUUGAUUAAAUAUGCAUUAAACCACGGUACAUUUGACUAAAUAGAACUGGAGAUCUGUCACUGAUGAGCCCUUCAGUUUUUGUCAUCAGUAACACGUUAAAUAUGCACUUGAGAAAUCCAGUAAUGGAAAAUAGGUUUCACAUAUUAAUUUUUAAGAAAGCAGGUGACUGCAGAAAAAUUACUUUUGCCUGGUUAUGUGUAAUCACACUUCUUCUAGAAGUGGUUUCAUCACCACAGCACUUGGUAUUCAGGACAACAAAAGUUAUGGUCAGAUUAUUUCAAGGAAAGAUUUACCAGCAGAACUUAAAGCAGAAUUAAAAUGCUCUAAUCUGCCCUCAUAAAAAGAAAGUGAAAGUAUCGCCAUUGUUGUCAGAUGCUGUUUCUGUUCUGUUGCCAGCUUCUUUUCACAAGCCACCCGUAUCCUGUUGAAAGUCUGAGUUCUUUACCCCCUCCCCUUUAGAAUGAAUACGUCUUACUCUAGAGGCUCAGUUCAACAGGAAGAAGCUUGACAAACCAUUCUGCAGCCAUAAACACACAAUCCCUGCAGCAGAUUAAUGAUUGUCUGGUUUGCUGAACAUAUGAAGGGAAGUUGCUUUUAGAGAUAACAUGGACUUUGCUUGUUGGUUGUUGGACAGAUACUUAAUUUCUAUGUACCACAAAGAGCUGACUUACAGGUACAAACUAUUAGAAAGCCCUGAAACUGACAAUGCAGGAUUUUGAGUGGGGACAUCAUGAAUUUAACAGCUCCACGUGUCUUAAUAACGUAAAAUACAGAAAGUAGCACUUAAAGCUUUGCCACAUGUCAUCUCUGAUAAAAAGACUUGUGGAUGAAGAGUUCAAGACUUUGGGCAGCAUACAGUAGUGAGUUACAGACAAGACCUGACAAGCUGGAUUCUUAAUUGUAUACCAAUCGACUGCUGUCAUCAGAUCAUGUAGUCUUCUCCUCUCAAUGAACCCAGCACAGGAUUUUUAAGGCUUUGUAUACUCCCAGGAAACCUCCCAGUGUCUUUCCAAAACUCACAACAGUGUUUGCCAGGGCAUGUUAAUAAAAUAUUUUUCAGGAGCUAACUUUUUUUAAUCAAAUGAGUACAAGAAUACAAAAAGUCUGAAAUACACCUGGCAUUUUUAAUUUCAGGCCUCUUAAGGAAAAGGUGUAGAUGUCCGUGAGAAUCAUAAAAACUGCUCUUUAAACAUUCAGUGACAUGUUUCCUCUUGUCAUUGUUUGGGUCAAGUUACCUGUAGAUACUCUAGUAGAGCAAUACACAUCUCCUCCACUUUAUUUUAAUGCAACAGCGCCCCCUGCUGCCUCAUCCUGACCUCUUACUGCUGUUACUAAUGCACAGGAAUCUGGGCACAACACAAACUUCCUCACAUGUUAAAGAAAAAUCACAGAAUUCAAGGUCCAGUCACUACUUUGUUACUCUAAUUGUAUUUUAUCUGGUGUCACGGAGAUUUCUUCAGAGGCUGUGAUACGCAGUUGGCAUCUUGUGUUACUGGUUUUUGUCCGGCUGUGUGGAAAACCCUCCAUGAAAUGAAUGGUAACAAAUUUACAAAUGACGUAAUGUUAUAUUUACCUGGAUUUUUGGGUUUGUUAAAUUGCAGUACACUAAAAAUCUGUCAGCGGUCAUUGUCAAAUCGCAAAGCUUUUCAAAUGAAAUUGGAACAAUGAACUUAUCUAGAAAAGGGUGUUGUUUUCACACAGAGAAAUGUUGAAACAUACUUAAAUUAGAAAAUGCACGUCUUGGCUGUGUUUACAUCUGGCAGCAGCAUAGCCAAGUUUAGUUUAUAGUGAUAUUCUCCAACAACAAAGCAAAAUUCCCCCCUAAGAAAAUAAUGUAGAAUGGAAAAUAUGUUGUGACUCCCUCUAUUCUUUGUUUGUCUGUGUUUGUGUUUAUAUGUGCGGACAGUCCAGCCUAAACCAUCAAAUCUGUUAACCCCAUCAGUUUCUGUGUACGUGAUCAAUGUUUAUCUGCUCCUCUUCUGUCUCUGUAUGUUAUGUAUGUAUAUGUGACUGUAUUCAGUACGUUUUAUAUUCUGUACUAUAGUUAACCCUACUGUACCUGUAGCAUGGCUCAGUUUUUGGUUAGUUUGCCCUGUGCAUGAUGGAGUGUGUAUGUGUGUGUGUGUGUGUGUGUGUGUGUGUGUGUGUGUGUGUGUGUGUGUGUGUGUGUGUGGUAAGCGAACUAUUUUUUAUACAGAGGUGAUUUAUGGUAUGAGCCUAUCGUGUGUGCCUAUACUCCGUUUUCCUAAACACUGUGACAACUCUGGCAAAACACGUACACAACGAGCGAAUGGAAGACAAAGAUUUACUGUCAGAACUGUUUGUUGUUUUUAAGUUUCCCUAUUUGUGAGUUGGACUGAGACAUGGAGUGGAAAAAGAAAAGAAAAAAAACACAAAAAAAGAUUUUGCUCUUUUCUUGAUAACAUAAUAAUGUCUAAUAUUCAAUUUGAGUUUUGUAAUAUUUGUAUGUACGUAUGAAAGUUUUGUAAAUUUGUGAUAGUAUGCACGUUUUGGCAUAUGAGUGUAUGUAUCUAAAAGUUUUAAAUGCUUGUUUCUUUUGAUUCAAUUUUGUUUUGCAUGUAGAUUGCUGUUUAGGUUCAUUUUGUUUAAAGGUUUUGGUUUUUUUUGUAUGUUUCUUUUUGGGACCAUGUACAAUACUGUAUAAUGUGGGCAGAAUCUUGGACCUCAUGCUACAUUGAUAUUAUAUAUGAAUAUAAAAACGUGUUUUCCCUAUGGAGAAAGUUUUAAGUUAUAUAUCGCCUGUACACUUUGGGCUGCCUUUUAGAUCUAACUGUCCACUGUUUAAGAUAACAAUGACAAUAAUGGAUAAAAAUAUUAAUGAUGAAGAAUUAUGCUGAUGAAAUAAUAAAGAUUCUUAAUAAAUCUUAUUACAUUUACAACACAA